UUGGCCCGGCGAUUGUCCUGGGGGGCUCCAACGGCUGGAGAUGCUCUAAUUCAUUGUAUUUGCAUGUUUCCAGCAGCGAUGUAUCAAAAAAAGCUUCAGCUUUGGGUUGUUGAUUUAGCAGCAUCAAUCAUUAAUUGUUCUGCUAUAUAUGUUCUUAACCAUGACAACCUGAUUAGGCUCUUAGUUUAUUAUGGUCUUUGUUCUGGGUGGAUCUCUGACUAUUCUAGGUUGCUCCGAUGAGGACAAGCUGCUUCUGCAGUUGGACGGGCCCUCAAGGCUGCUCUGCCUAUUCCUCCUGCUACCCCCACACGUGGGAACACAAAGCCGUCGAUGCAUUGAGGGCUCAAUGUCGUCUCCGCCGGCUGAGCGGCAAGCCGGGGUUGGGCUUGCACACCGUCUAUCAGCACCCUCCCACGUCUCCAUUCACGGAUCUGCAGUUCUGGGGCCAGGCAACCUUGAAUCCAACGUCCACCUGCAGGCUACAUCUCAGAAAACUCAUGAACAUCAUGGCGCCUUGUUGAUGGGGUGAUCAAUAGCUACUAUAUUGGGACCCUGCACUUAAAUUGUAGGUCUGAUUUUGUUUUGGAGUUCUCCUGCUACCCACAAGCUCAGAUAGUUCUUUUGUUUGUGCAGGGGAAAUUGCAAAGCAUAUUAUGAAUUGUUACAAGAAACUAUUUCCGCUGUUUUGGUGCAAGGAUGUUGCUUUUUAGUAUGCUUCCCCUAUCUUGGUAUCUUGGAAUAAUAAACAGAUAGAUGUUGUGUACCAAGAUUGUUCCUUGUUGUUAAGAGGGAUGCAAAUAUUAUACAAGAAUUUUUCUGAUGACUCCUAAAGCAUAUUUGGAUAUACAGCAAAGUAUAUUGUCGCUUCCCUGUUAGUAAAACGAUUAUGUUAGAAAUUUGGUUGGCAGCCCCUACAUUUGGCUGAUUGCUAGCUGACUGGAUUACUCAUGUUUGCGGACUCUGGUAACUUAUGCCUACCAAGAACUACAUGAAUUUUGUGUCUUGCUGCAGUGAACAUUACCAAACUAAUUCUAAAGGUGUUAUAAUCAUGUUUUCUUUUGCAUUAUCAACUUUUAACUUUUGUCAUUUGUUAACACAUUCCUUUUGCAUUAUCAACUUUUAACUAUUGUCAUUUGUUAACAUGAUUAUUUAGCAUGUUCACUAUGCGAGUACUCCCUCCGUCCGAAAAUACUUGUCAUCAAAAUAGAUAAAAAGGAAUGUAUCUAGAACUAAUAUACAUCUAAAUACAUCUCCUUUUAUUCAUUUUGGUGACAAGUAUUUCCGGACGGAGGGAGUAGUAAUAAUAGGAGCUAUUUAUUUGCCAGAUAACUAACACUAUUCAUAAGGCAUAAGGGUUAGAAAAAGAAAUGUAUUCUUGCUGUGUUGAUUUUCGU